AUGGAAAGUAUGCGCAUUGUUCGCCAUGAUGGACUCGAAGUCGGCUCCGAGAAGCCUCUAUACUCCCAUUGUUGUUUAGUCGGCAAUGAGCAGAAAAACGAAUCCCCGGUCCAGUCACGAAUACCCAGACACAAUGAGCGAUUUUCCAAAACAGCUCUGGCUCUCGAGAUAGAGCUCCAUACGCCAAACCCUCGCCCCUACGAUCAACCCCCUCCAUCCUAUGACGAUGCUAUCAAAGACUUGCCUCCCGAUUACUCUACGCUUGCGCCGUUGGCCAAGCAGAAAAACUUGUGUGGUGGAUGCACGCCCUCGAUAGGAACAAAAGAUCCGACGGCUAGAUCUAAGUCCCCUCUGGUCAAUCUAGACCAUCCGUUUGGUAUACGAGAACAUAAGGGGGCAGGCAAGAAGAAGAAAGCAAAGCAAGCCGCAGCACAACAGAGUACUCCGCCGCCGAAUGACGAUGGUGAUAAAAGCCCACCCCCCGAUGAAAACCAGAGUGGUGGGGACGGCGGAAGCAACGCAGGUGGAUCGGGAGAUGGGGAUGGGGGCAACGAUGGUGAUGGAGGUGGCGGUGAUGGCGGAGACGACGAUGGUUGGGGAGAUGCAUGGAAUACAGCCAGCAAGAAAAAGGACAAGAAGAAGAAAAAAGAGGAAGAAGAGGAGAAAAAGGCCGCAGAAGAAGCGGCAGUAGCCGAAGCAGCAGCUAAUGCUAAUAGCAAUGAUCUUAGCUGGGCAAACGAUGGUAGUGGAAAUGGCGAUGAUUCGUGGGCAGAUUUUGCUCCGGCAGGAAAGAAGAAGAAUAAAAAGAAGGACCAAGAUAUUAAUUUAGGUGGCAAUACAUCUCCACCAAACCUAAGCCUAGACCCCUUUGGAGGAAAAUCUACUGGCGGGGGCAUGGAGUUUGGCGGAUGGGAUAAGAGUUGGAAUACGGGGAGUAAAUGGGGCCUCGACUCUCUUGGUGGCACAAACGGGGACAAGGCACAGAAUACCAACCCGUGGUCAUUUGGUUCGGCUGAUCCUUUGAAUGCUUCAGUCGGAUUUGGCUUUGGUUUUGGAGCUCCUCCUGGUCCUAGCAAUGGAGAUAUCGGGACACCUGAAAAGAAGGAUGACUGGGGCCUCCUGGAUACUAAAAAAAAGACUGAACCAGAGCCGGAAAUGGCUGAUGACGAUAAUUGGGGCUGGGGCGUCUCAACUAAGAAGAAAGAUAAGAAAAAGAAGAAUGGUGCUAUUCUCGAGGAGUUGGAACCAGUAGUGGAGGCUCCCCCAGUAGUCGCAGAUCCACCGCCGGAGCCCAUUCAUGAAGAGAAAAAGGAGGAGGAUGACUGGACAGGCUGGAAUGUCCCCACAAAGGAGAAGAAAAAGAAGGGUAAAGGUACAGCAGAGCCUGAGCCCGAGCCCGAGCCAGUGCUGGAACCCGAGCCCGAACCGAAGCCUGCACCAGAACCAGCACCAGAGCCUAAGCUGCCUGAUGAUCCACUCUACAAUAACUGGGACACGCUAUCAUCGAAAGACAGAAAGAAACGAGAGAAGUCUCUGGUCAAGAAAGGUCUUCCUAUACCUGGUAAGGACUUUGAAUGGCCACCGCGUGUGCCAGCCGCGCCUGUCGAAGAGCCCGAGCCAGAACACCAACCGGAACCUGAGCCUAAACCAACGCCCGAGCCUGAGCCUGAGCCACCAGCUGAACCUGAACCGGAGCCGGCCCCAGAGCCAGAGCCCGCAGCAGAACCAGAGCCAGAACCAGCGUCUGAAGCUAAGCUGCCAGAUGACGCACUCUAUAAUAACUGGGACAAUCUUUCAUCAAAAGAUAGGAAGAAACGCGAGAAGUCUUUGAUAAAGAAAGGCCUCCCAAUUCCCGGGAAAGAUUUUGAGUGGCCACCACCUGCACCUGCACCUGCAUCUGUACCUGCAGCGGAAGAGCCAGUUCCAGAGCCGGAACACCAACCAGAGCCAGAACCUGUCGUUGAGCCAGAACCGGAACCUGCGGCUGCACCCGAACCAGAGCCAACACCCGAACCGGAGCCAGUAGCUGAGCCAGAACCACAGCCUGCGCCCGAAGCUAAACUGCCAGACGACCCACUCUACAAUAAUUGGGAUGAUCUUUCAUCCAAGGACCGAAAAAAGCGCGAGAAGUCAUUGAUUAAGAAAGGCCUCCCAGUUCCUGGUAAGGAUUUCCCAUGGCCUCCGCCUCCGCCACCAGAGCCUGUAUUAGAGGAGCCAGCAGCAGAACCAAUAGUAGAAGAAGUGCCUGAACCAGUGGUGGAGCCAGAGCCAGAACCAGAACCGGAGCCAGUACUUGAGCCUGAACCUGAACCUGAGCCUGAGCCUGAGCCCGCACAACCUGUGUCCGAAGCUAAACUACCGGACGAUCCUCUCUACAACAAUUGGGACGAUCUUUCAUCUAAGGAUCGGAAGAAGCGUGAGAAAUCGUUGGUGAAAAAGGGUCUACCAAUUCCUGGCAAGGACUUCGACUGGCCACCAGCUCCACCGCCAGAGCCUGUGGUAGAAGAACCCGUGUACGAGCCAGAGCCAGAGCCAGAGCCAGAGCCAGAGCCAGAGCCAGAGCCAGAACCAGUACUUGAACCGGAACCUGAACCUGAGCCUGAGCCUGAGCCUGAACCUGAACCUCAAACUGAGUUUGAACCGGAACCAGCACCCAAGGCUCCAUCACUGCCAGACGACCCGCUUUAUAAUAACUGGGACGACCUCUCAUCGAAGGACCGGAAAAAGCGCGAGAAAUCGCUGAUAAAGAAGGGUCUGCCAGUUCCUGGUAAGGAUUUUGACUGGCCACCACCUCCACCACCAGAGCCAGUGGUGGAAGAGCCUGUACAAGAGCCAGUCCCAGAACCAGAGCCGGUAGUUGAACCUGAACCUGAACCUACUCCCGAGCCCGAGCCCGAGCCCGAGCCUCAAGCUGAAUUUGAACCGGAGCCAGAGCCAGAACCGGAACCAGCACCCAAGGCUCCAUCACUGCCAGAUGACCCGCUUUAUGAUAACUGGGACGACCUCUCAUCGAAGGACCGGAAAAGGCGCGAGAAAUCGCUGAUAAAGAAGGGUCUGCCUAUUCCAGGUAAGGAUUUCGACUGGCCACCCCCUCCGCCGCCGGAGCCACUGGUGGAGGAGCCCAUGCGAGAUCCAGUACCGGAGCUAGAGCCAGAGCCAGAACCGGAGCCCGUUCCUGAACCCCUUCCUGAAGAGCUCGAGCCUCAAGCUGAGCCUGAACCAGAACCACAACCGGAACCCCAGGCUACUCCAUCAUUGCCAGAUGACCCACUCUACAAUAACUGGGAUUCUCUCUCCUCCAAGGAUCGAAAGAAGCGAGAGAAAUCAUUAAUUAAGAAAGGGUUGCCUAUUCCUGGUAAGGACUUCGAGUGGCCACCACAAGUGGCACCUGUAGCAGAGGAACCUGUACAAGAACCAGAGCCAGAGCAUAUCCCUGAAUCCGUUCCUGAGAAAGCGCCAGAGCCAGAGGUAAUUCCUGAACCGAUUACCGAAGAGCCAGUUGACGAUAGCUGGGGCGUCUGGGCUCCUCCAAAGGAUAAGAAGAAAUCCAAGAAGAGUAAGGAACCUCCACCGCCGGCGCCUACUCCACCUUCUCUGGGAUUAUCGCCUGAACCCGACGCGUUUGACAGUAUACCAGAGGAGCCUCUCUGGGAUGACUUUAGCACAGGGCCUUCCAAAGAGAAGAGUUUUGUUACGGAGGAAAAGCAGUCGAAGCCAGCCAGAGGGUUCUGGGCAAGCUUUGGAGCAGCUGCGAUGGGAAUGCCUAAGGCCACUAAAAAGAAGUCGGCAGACAAGCCAAAAUCCGCCGAGCAAAUGAAAGAGCCGGAACCCCAGCCCGAGGAUGAUCUGCUUAUUGAUGUAGGGGAUGUGCCGAGAGAGGCUGGUGCGGCUGACGCGGCUGACGCGCCAGUCGCAGAAGUCGCAGAACCUCAGCCAACCGCGCCGCCAACAAAGACACCUGUUGUCACCUCAAAGACCAAGUCAUCAACCAAGAACUCUGUCGCAGAGCGCAUUAAGGCCCUUGAAGAGAAAAAGAAAGAAAAGUCCAAGGGAAAGUCGGCAGAAAAAUCAAAAGCGAAGGAGGUGCCGCUACCAGCAGAGGAUCCUUGGGAGCCUCCGCAGGAGCCUGCGCCGGAGCCAGAACCCGAACCCGAACCGGUCAUAGAGAGAAGGAUCUUACGAGACACCGUACCAGGAAGCUUUCCAGACGCUUUUGACGACGAUUUCGAUGACCUCCCACCUCCUGCCCCAGAACCACCAGCAGAGCCGGAAAUACAGCCUGAGCCCGAGCCCGAGCCUCAACCUGAACCAGAACCAGAAAGGCAGCCAGAAGUCGAGCCUGAGCCAGUAGUAUUGUCCAAAAAGGUCAAGAAGAAAGACAAAAAGAAAUCAAAGACUGUUGUUCCCGAGCCUCAGCCGCCUGCUCCAGAGCCUCCGGCACCCGAACUACCAGCAGAGCCAGAGCCUGCGCCGGAGCCCGCGCCACCAGAAGAGGUUGUGCCUGUGGCUGAGCCUGAGCCAGAACCAGCUCCUGACCCAGCGCCCAUACUACUACCCAAAGCGGAAAAGAAAAAGAAGAAGGCUAAGGCUGUUGAGCCGCAACCCGCACCAGAACCCGAACCAGAGCCGGUACCCUCACCCAAAGUCGAAAAGAAGAAAAAGAAGGCUAAGGCGGUUGAGCCCCAACCUGUACCCGAACCAGAGCCAGCUCCAGAAUCCGUGCGAGCGCUUGAUCCCGAACCUGAACCCGAGCCUGUCCCUGUCAAUGUGCCGGAGCCUGAGCCCGAGCCAGCGUUUGAGCCCGCUGAGCCGCCUGCCCCAGAGCCUGAGAAGCCCAUGAAGAAAGUCAGGAAAAGUAGAAGGUCAGUGCCAGUUCCAGAACCACCACCAGCUCCUCCAGCAGAAGCCCCAGUGGCCGAUGCUCCAGAGGAAGCUGCUGGGGGUCAUCCGACACCGCCACCCGAACCAGUUGCACCGGAGCGAGGAGCAAGGAAGGAACGUCCACGCGUUGAACGUGCUCCUGGUAGCACGUCUUGGGAUAUGUGGGGUGCGGCAGCCCCACCGAGGAGAUCGGAUCAUAGGGAAGAGAAGCAUAGAAGAAGGGAGCAGUCACCAUCGGGAAUGGGAAGAUCCAAGUCCACUAGGCACUCAAGGCCACGGGAACCAGAGGACGAGGUAGAGAGAUCGCUGGAACCCGAGGAGGACAGGCAACGGGAACCUGCACACGGUCGGGGUGCGGCAUUCUCGAAUUUCAUUUUCGGCGCACCACCGCCGCCUACCAGAACAAAGUCUAGCAGGAGACAUGGCGAGUACCCUCCAAGGCACACGUCACGGCGCCCGCCUGUGGAUACGGAUGACACUGGAUUCCCAUCGCCACCACCGGAUGAGCAGUUGGAGAUGCCUGAUAAGGCUGCCCGCAUGAUGGGUGCUCCUCCAUCUGGGUCAAGACGAGAGAGACCGCGUGACACGCGCAAGAGAUCCAGUGCUCGUGAUCCAUAUGCUAUCGACGACGAAGACAUCGUCAUGGUCAAUCGGGAUGAUGCCGACGGUGAGCCCAAGGCUCCCUCUAGAGAGUCGCGACAUUCGGAACGACGGUCGAGGAAGAAGUCACGAUCACGGCAGGGAGACCUCCAGGAGGAUGCUGUCAUGGUCGAUGCAGAUCCAGCCCAGCAAAGUCCAGACAUUGUUUCCGGACCCGAUGACAUGGCAUUUGUGGAGGCUCCGAGGGAACGGCGUUUAAGACGAUCAAAUACCGCCCCCAAGAAACAAGAGACUGGUGGUCUCAUGGGGUUGAUCGGAACAUUGCGUCAACAUAUUCGCCCUGAGCUCCCUGAACGUCAAAAGUCUAGGUCUUACCGGGACGAGGAUGCCCGGUAUAUGACGGAGCCAGAGCGAGAAGAUGCUCGGCGCCAGAGACGGGAAGAGAGGAGAAGUCGUGCAAUGAGACCGGAUCCUGACCGUGAGGGCUAUGCUACCGAUGCUGGGCCGGCAAUGGCUGUCCCAGAAAUUCAGAUAGAAGAUGUCGAUGCUAGGAGAGAGGCGCGCAGAGCACGACGCGCUUCUCGACAAGGCGACGUCGAUCCGUAUCGAGAUGCCGAGUUCCAAGAAGCCGAAGAACGCCGAGCAAGACGACGAGAAAGGCAAAGGGCCCGCGAGCGCGAGAUGCAAGAAAUGCAACUCCGAGAGGAAGAGGAGAGAGCACAGCGACGCCGAGAGGAGAAGAUGGCUCGCCGGGCUGCUCGUGAAGAGCGCCGUGCGCGGGAGGAGCAAGAAGCCCGAGAGGCGGAAGCGCAGGCACAGGAAGCCCGAGAAGCGGAGGCCCGCGAAGCCAAGGCUGCCGAACGCCGUGAACGGAGGCGGCAGCAAAAGGGAGGCAGGAAUGGCGGUGACCCGGACAGAACCUAUCGCUCUCAUCGUCAGGAAGACGACGGUGAAUACGCUAGACGCCGAAGGUCCAGGGCGCCAGAGGAGAUGAGACCUACCCCGAUGAUGCCUGGACAGCGCAAAGAUAAGACCUCGUCUUGGGUGAAUUCCCAAGCAAGUGACCCCCCGGAACCACCGCCGGUUGUGCCAACUAUGUUGGACAUGCCGCCUGGUCCGGGAGAGCCCAUGGAUGGGGCGCAUUCAAUCUCAUCAGACGAGGAGGCCCGACGCGACCUACGCCGGAAGGCAAGAAGACGGGCCCGAUACCCCGGACUUACCGAUCAGGAGAUUGAAGAGGUGCGCGCUAGGAAACACGCGGCUCGGAGGUCUGAGAGAGGACAGAAGAGCAGCUCUGGUAGUGCAGACCAUGAGCGAGACCAUGGAAUGAGAUAUGACCGCUACGACCAACCACCUCCUAGCUCCGGAGGGAAGUUGCCCAACUGGUUUAAGAAACUUACCAGCUUUUAA